UGACUUCUCUCAUCAUAAAAAAGAGGAAAGCAGCCAAGGACGAAGAAGAAGAAGAAGAAGAUUUGAGUUCAGCCAGAGAAGCGGCCAUGAAAGCUGUGGCCACCGUGAAGCUAACGGCUACAGAAACCUUGGGCUGCUUCGACCUCUCGAGCCUGGUCGAUGGCAUCGGUGAUCUGGUUCGCGGAAAUCUGUAUUUGGAGUUCGUAAGCACCGAGCUUGAUCAUGAAUCAGAAUUGGAGAAAACAGUAGCAGUAAAUGCUCGCAGGAGGAGCAUGGAUGGGGAAGAAGUAAAGUACGAGGCGUCUUUCACAGUCCCGAGCGAUUUUGGGGAGAUCGGCGGAGUCUUGGUUUUGAAUGAGAAUCAGAAAGAAAUAUUUCUAAAAGAAGUUGUUGUCGAUUCUGGCAAUUCAUCAGACGAAAAUUUCACAGUCAUUACAUGUAAUUCAUGGGUGCAGGCCAAGUCGACUAGCUCUGAGAAGAGGAUCUUCUUCUCUAAUAAGUCCUACUUGCCAUCCAGCACCCCAAGUGGCCUGCAGAGAUUGAGGAUCAAAGAUCUGGAGACAAAGAGAGGAGAUGGCCAUGGAGAACGCAAGUCCAGCGAUAGGAUUUAUGACUACGAUACUUAUAAUGAUCUCGGCGAUCCGGACAACAGCGAAGACCUAACCAGACCAGUUCUUGGAGGAAGCAAACAGUUUCCUUACCCUCGUCGUUGCAGAACCGGUCGUCCACGAUCACGAAAGGACCCCCCUUCAGAGUCAAAAAGCUUAUCCAUAUAUGUGCCAAGGGACGAGGCCUUCUCAGAAAUCAAGUCGUUGACCUUCACCGGGAAGACGUUGACCUCAGUUCUGCACGGAAUCAUUCCUGCAGUUAACUCUGCGUUGAUCGACAUAAAUCUUGGUUUCAAUAACUUCAGAGAAAUUGAUGAAUUAUACGACGAAGGAUUUAAGGUUCCAGAUUACCUUCACGGGGCAAAAGCCACGCUGCAGAAGCUCUGCAACAAUAUAAGAGACGGUGCUGAUGACGUCCUGCAGUUUGAGGUUCCAUUGCUGAUUAAGAAGGAUAAAUUCUCAUGGCUUAGAGAUGAAGAAUUCGCAAGGCAAACACUGGCAGGCGUCAACCCUUAUGCAAUUGAGCUUGUUAAGAAACUCCCUCUAAUUAGCAAGCUUGAUCCCAGCAUUUAUGGUCCGCCUGAAUCAGCCAUCACCGACGAAAUAAUCGAAGGAGAACUCAAUGGGGAGAUGUCUGCAACAGAGGCAGUGCAGAGAAAGAGACUGUUCAUGUUAGACUACCAUGACCUUUUUCUCCCUUAUGUUCACAAAGUUAGGGAAUUGGAUGGCACCACCCUGUAUGGUUCUCGUACCCUCUUCUUCCUCAAGAGCAACAACACUCUGACGCCCAUCGCCAUCGAGCUCACUCGGCCUCCUUGUCCUCAGAAUCCCCCAUGGAAGCAAGUGUUCACUCCAAGCUCAGAUUCCACACAGAAUUGGCUUUGGAGAUUCGCUAAGGCUCAUGUUUGUGCUCAUGACUCGGGCUACCACGAGCUUAUUUCACACUGGUUGAGGACACAUUGCGCUGUUGAACCAUACAUUAUUGCCGCGAACAGACAACUGAGCACUAUGCAUCCAGUGUAUAGGCUUCUGCAUCCUCAUUUUCGAUAUACGAUGAAUAUCAACGCGCUUGCACGCAAGUAUCUUAUAUCUGCUGGUGGCAUCAUCGAAGCAUCGUUCUCGCCACUGAAGUACUCGAUGGAGCUUAGCUCCGUUGCCUACGAUCAACUGUGGCGCUUUGAUAAGGAGGGGCUCCCUGCAGAUCUGAUCAGAAGAGGAAUGGCAGAGGAAGAACCCGAAGCAGAGUACGGUCUAAGGUUAGCCAUCUCCGACUACCCUUUCGCCAACGAUGGCCUACUCAUCUGGUCAGCAAUCUCCGACUGGGUCUCAGCCUACGUCUCCCACUACUACCCAGAACCCUCCACCAUCGUCGAUGACCGCGAACUCCAAUCUUUCUGGACCGAGGUCCGCACCCACGGUCACGCCGACAAGCAGGACGAGCCCUGGUGGCCGAGCCUCACCACCCACACCAUCCUCUCCGGGGUUCUGACCACCAUCAUCUGGGUAGCCUCCGCACACCACGCUGCCGUCAAUUUCGGCCAGUAUGACUACGGUGGUUACUUCCCCAAUCGCCCCACCAUUGCUCGAACCCCAAUGCCGACCGAAGUGGAUAAUUCAGACGGCUGCGUAGGGUUCAAGAAGUUUGUGGAGGAGCCGGAGGAAACGCUGAUGGAAUGCUUCCCGUCGCAAAUCCAGGCGACGAUAGUGAUGGCGGUGUUGGAUCUGUUGUCGAGCCAUUCGCCGGACGAGGAGUAUUUGGGGGCGGCGGCGGAGGAGGCGUGGGAGGAGGAGGAGGCGGUGAGGGCGGCUUUUGAUAGGUUUAGCGGGAGGUUGAAGGAGAUUGAGGGGAUUAUUGAUGGGAGGAAUGGGGAUGUUGGGCUGAGGAAUCGGAAGGGGGCGGGCGUGUUAGCUUAUGAGAUCAUGAAGCCGUUCUCGGCGGCGGGGGUCACCGGACGGGGGAUUCCUAAUAGUACUUCUAUAUGAGAUUUGGGAAAAAUUAUUCCAAUUUAUUUUUUUUAAGAAAAAUAAAAGCCGAGCCACUGAAAUACAACGACGGUGAUAGAUUGGACAGUGUAUGCAUCCAUAUGGAAUAAUUUUUCGUGAAUUCAAGGGCGAGAAAUGUAAAAUUUUGUUGUGGAU